AUGGAGGAAGCUAUUGACUUUAGACAGAAGAUGUCGCAAACUGAUCUUCCCUUAGCUCUUUUGGGUAGCAGUGAUGAAAAUAAGGUUAUCAAGCAAGUAGUUGAUGACUGGAAUGAGGUUGACAUUAAGUGUAUUUCUGAGAUAUAUCUUGCUGUUGAGGCUGAGAGCUGCAAAAUCGUCUGUACAAUAGAAGCCAUAGACACGGAUUGGGGUUGGUUCUAUUUUGGAUGUAACAGGCACAAUCGACGUACGACCAGAGUUGGUAGGAAGGGCGGUGGUAAGAUGGUUGAAUCUGAGAAGCCAGUAUUCUAUUGUGAUGUGUGUCGUGCAAACACAACUGAUGUCUCACCCAAGUAUAAGCUUCAUCUGUUUGUGAAAGAUGACACAGGGUCAUGCCAGUUAAUGUUACUUGACACUGUAGCUAAAACUAUUAUUGGUGAAAAAGCUGACACACUUUGGGAUGGGUCAUAUGCUGAGAUCGAAGACCCAAAUAUUCUGCCUAUUCCAAUCAAAAACUGUGUUGGAAAAUCCUUUUGUUUUGGUAUUUCCAUCGCAAAUGAUAAUGUAGCCAACGGUUCUGAUACCUUUAAGGUCUCUGAGGUCUGGUCUGGAGAUCACAUUCAUAGAAUAGAAUCACUUUCAGAACCAGUAUCUCUGAUUGAGACCAAUUCAUCUACACUCUCAACCGGCGAGGUGCGUUUGAUUGAUUAUAACAUAGAGAGUUCAUCAGAUGUUUCAACACCUUUCUCCAAGCGUAAGGAAGGAGAUGCUGAGCUUAGUGACAUGAAUUCUACAUCUAAGAAGCUUCGUGCUCAGAGCAUCAAGGUGGAGAAGAUUAAGGAAGAUUAG